AUGCCAUUAUCAAUAGUCGCUUCCCCACCUCACGACUCGAAAUGGAGAAAAGUGGCUGACCUGUUCGACAACAACGGCUUCAUCAACCAUAAGGAUUUCACCAACGCCCUACGCUUUGAUAAGACGCGUCGCGUCGAGCCUCGUACUGACGGUGAAAGGAUCGCGGUUGAGAUUGAGCGCCAGGUGCGCGGAUGUUCGUGCUGUCAGCCCUACAAGAUUGAGAGGAUCGCUGAAGGACAGUAUCGGUUCGGCGAUACGCAAAUCAAGCGGAUGGUACGGAUAUUACGAUCGACGGUGAUGGUUCGAGUCGGAGGAGGAUGGGUGUGUCUCGAGGAGUUCUUGAAGAGCCACGAUCCGUGUCGGGCGACGAAACGCCGUAACGAUGUGCUGAACAACCUGCGUGGCAGCAACGAGCGCAUCAUCCGCGACAGCAUGGAGAUGUUCACCAAAAACCGUCAUGCUCGCUUUGGGUCUUCAGAUUCUGAGCCGCAAUUUGCGGUGCCGGGACCGAUUAUUAAGAUCAGAGAAAAAACCGAGCGCAGCAUGCCAAUGUUCCCGGGGCAACAUCGCCCGGGCGGCUCGGCCCAUUCCUCGAAUUCCCGCCUCCGAACCCCGUCCGACGUCUCGCUAGGAGAUUCCCGAAUCGGCAAAGGAUGGCCUGGGAACUCUCCGUUUGGGUCCCAGCAAUCGCUGGAUAAGGGGAGCCGACCCCCAAGUAGAGCAAGCGAGAGUGGACCCGAUAAGCCGACGAGGAUACCUUCGUUGAGGGGAAAGAAGGGAGUACGG